UUCAAUACGCCAAUGUGUUGCAAGAGAGGAACACAAGCUUAUUUUGUUGAUGCCUAUUGUUGUGUGGAAGAAUCUCGAUUAAGUUACUAUAGGACCAAAUCAUUUCAACAAAAGUAUAGAACGGCUCCAUCCAACGAAAUUCGUGAAAGUGUGAAUAGGGGCAUCACAGAAGCAUCAGAGGCUGGUCAAAAAGUUGUUUUGCCUUCUUCCCAUGUUGGAGGGCCUCGGUAUCUAUACCAAAAUUACCUUGAUUAUGUUGCUCUGUGUCGAAGAUAUGGUUGCCCUGAUUUGUUUAUCACUUUCACAUCAAACCCUUUAUGGUCAGAAGUAACAGAGUCAUUGGCUUUCAUCCCUGGCCAACAUGCAAGUGACAGGCUUGAUAUCGUUGACCGUAUAUUUCAUAUGAAGCUAAAUCUAUUGAUAGAUGACAUUGUGAAGAAAGGAUUUUUCGGCACUAUCAUAGCAGUUGUAUACACAAUUGAAUUCCAGAAGCGUGGUCUUCCACAUGCUCAUCUUAUAGUAUGGUUAGACAAGGAUGGACCGCUAACAUCUGAUAAUAUUGACAAACUCAUAUCCGCACAACUACCAGAUCCUUCUAUUGAUCCAGUUGGUUUUGAGGUUGUUACAUCAUUUAUGAUCCAUGGCCCUUGCAGUGCUGCUAAUCCGGCCUGCUCAUGCAUGAUUGACGGUGAAUGUUCCAAGCACUAUCCCAAAGAAUAUUGCGACAAAACAACAAUCUUGCAGAAUGGCCAUGUCCGGUAUGCCCGGCCAGAUAACGGUAUUACUGCAAAAAAGAAUGACACCGAUCUUGAUAACCAAUUUGUUGUACCCCAUAACGUUGACUUAUUGGUUAAGUAUCAAGCGCACAUAAAUGUGGAAAGAGUUAAUCGUGAUGGAAUGGAAAAAUACCUAUUCAAGUAUAUGGCCAAAGGCUUUGAUUGUUCUAGGGUGGGCCUCCAGCGUACACGAGAAUAAAGAGAGCCUUCCGUCCAAAA